CAUUAGUCUGCGACAGAUACACUUUAAGAGAAGUCAUGUCGAAAGUGGCCGUGGUGACCGGUUCGAAUAAAGGCAUCGGCUUUGGCAUUGUCAAGGCUUUGUGUCAGAGAUUCGACGGAGUGGUGUACUUGACAUCGCGAGAUGAGACGAGAGGGAAGGAGGCUGUCGCUAAAUUGAACGAACUAGGACUGAAACCAGAAUACCAUCAACUUGACGUAGGUGAUAGGAACAGCGUAGAAAAGUUCAGAGAUUAUAUCAAGGCAAAGUAUGGAGGACUCGAUAUUUUAAUCAACAAUGCAGCAGUUUUGGACGCAGACUUCAUGAGUGGAACAUAUGAAGACGUCGUGAAUAGUAUAAAUAUUAAUUACAAAAGCAUUUUUUCCAUGAAAGAGCUAAUCUAUCCAUUGGUUAGGAACAACGGCCGGAUUAUCAAUAUUUCAAGCGACUGUGGCCAUCUUUCGAAUUUAAAAAACGAAUAUUGGAUAAAGAGGUUAUCUAAAGCGGACUUAUCGGAAGCUGACGUCAAUGAAUUUGUCAACUGGUAUGUCGAGUCAAAGAAAAAUAAUACUUAUAAUCCUGAGGAUUUCGCCGAUGGAGGAACUAUUCCAACUUAUAGAGUUUCUAAAAUAGCUCUUAGUGCUGUAACUAUGGUACACCAGCGAGAGUUUGAGUCCAAGAACAUCUCUAUCAACUCAAUGCACCCUGGACUGGUACGCACUGAUAUGACCUCCGGAUCUGGCUUCUUCAGCACAGACGAGGCGGCCGAGACGCCGGUCUAUCUCGCUCUGGAUGCUCCACAAUCACUGAAAGGUGCUUAUGUAUGGUUUGACAAGAAAGUGUUAGACUGGUAUGAUUACAAAGCCGAUUAUUACUUUAAAAUAAAAACUUUGAAUUGGUGAA